AUGGCAAGCCUUUCCUCAGACUUGGAGCAUGUCUCCCUUCCUAUCCAGAAGGACAGUCUUGAAUCCCCUGUGCCUGGCCGAAGAACCUCCUCCCGGUCUCCCUCUUCCGAUGAGGAUCCCGGCUUGCUCUCCUUUUCUCUGUCAGCCCCUGACCCACCUAGCCCCUUGGAUUCAGGAAACCUUCCCUUUCCAGCUUCAUCCCUGGGGAAAGGGAAGAAACAGGACGACAGCGAAGAUUCACCAGAGCCUGAGAUGCUGUGCAGCUUGGAGCAUCCCUGCCGGUUCUUCGAUGAAGCACAGAGACUGCGGGAGCAGAAGCUGAUGCUGGAUGAACAGGUGUCUGUAGGGGGACAGGUAUAUGGGGUGCAUCGGGUGAUCUUGGCUGCAAUUAGCAGCCUCUUCCGAGACAGGCUGCUGGGCGGUGGAGGUCAGCAGCCCGUCUUCAGCCUCGAUGUGACCCCGAGGGGCUGGGAGGCUGUGCUGACCUUUGCCUACCAGGGGGUGCUGGGCCCCGCCUCACAGGACGAAGUGCUGGCUGCUGCAGAGGUGUUGGGAGCAUCGCGGGUGAAGAAAGCAGCCCAGCUGAGGCCAGAAGGGCUUGGCAAAGCCAGGGAAGAUGAAAAGAAGCUCAGCCAGGCAGAGGAGCUGAGGGAGAACCUGCACACCAUUGAGCGUCUGUAUCGAGAGGGCAUCGGGUGCGACUUGGAGCUGGAGGCAGAGGGCUACGGCCUGCGGGUGCACCGAGUAGCCCUGGCCUGUGGCAGUGAGUUCUUUGGGGCCAUGCUUCUGAGUGGGAUGAGGGAGUCCCAGGGCACAAAGGUAUCUCUGCGUACCAUCUCUUCCCAAGACCUGAGACUCCUCGUUUCUUUUGCCUACACUGGAGUUAUUCAAGAAAGAUGGCCAGGAUUGCUCAGAGCUGCCCAGGCUGCUCUGCAGUACCAAAGCUCUUCCUGCCUGGAUUUGUGUCAGAGAGCCUUGGCACGGAGCCUCUGCCCUGCCCUUUGCCUAGCUUUGUUUCCUAUGAUUGAAGCCCCUGGCUUGGAGAAAGUCUGGGGGAAAGCCCAUCAUUACCUCCUCAGUCACCUGCCUGCUGUGGCUUCCUGCCCCUCCUUCCCGUCAUUGCCGGUGACCUGCCUGGCUGAGCUCCUGGAUAGUGAUGAACUCCAUGUACAAGAAGAGUUCGAGGCUUUCGCAGCCGCACGGUGUUGGCUGGCUGCCAACCCCGAGACCCAGGAGUCAGAGGCCAAGGCACUGCUGCGGUGUGUCCGCUUUGGCCGCAUGUCUACCAGAGAGCUGCGAAAGGUGCGGGCGGCUGGGCUCCCCCCACCCCUGCCCCCGGAUCUGCUGCACCAGCUGAUGGUGGAGGCUGAAGUUCCAGGUCAAGAGAGAUGGAGGGAGCCUGACCAAGCCCUGGUGGUGAUUGGUGGGGAUGGACUUAGACCUGAUAUGGACCGAAGACAGCCAUCUUGCAAAGUGUGGUGGGCCCGGGCUUUUCACUGUGGCAUGGGUCUGGUACGGACUGUGGAGUGGUGCCGGCUGCCUAAUUUGCCUGCUCCAGGGCGCUUUCGGCAUGGAGCUGUGAGCCUAACAGGAAGUGAACUGUAUGUGUGCGGGGGACAGGAUUUCUACAGUCACACCAGUACUCUGGCUUCAACUCUCAGGUGGAGUUCCAGUCAAGAAGACUGGGAGGAGAUGGCACCUUUAUGUCAGGCUCGGAGCUUCUUCCCUUUGGUAGUAUUUGAUGGACAGCUUUAUGCCCUAGGUGGACGAGACAAUGGCGUUGCCCUUAGUUCUGUUGAGACCUAUAACCCUGAACUCAAUGUCUGGAGGCCAGCACCUGCUCUUCCAGCACCAUGCUUUGCCCACGCAGCUGCAAUCCUUGAGGACCGAUUAUAUGUAAGCGGUGGCUGUAGCGGGACUGGCCAGUACUUGGACUCGCUGAUGCACUAUGACCCCAAACUUAAGAAGCCUGGGACACUUCUGAGCCCAAUGGGAGUAGCCCGGGCUAGCCAUGUGAUGGCUGCAUUGGGGGGGAAGUUAUAUGUAGCAGGUGGAGUAGGUGACACUGGGGACCUACUAAGUUUUGAGGUGUAUGAACCAAAGACUGAUAGCUGGACUCAGCUGGCACCCUUGCCCUCCCCCCAUGUGGGGGCUGCAGGUGCUGUGCUACAGGGGGAGCUGCUGGUACUAGGGGGCUACAGCCACCGUACUUAUGCCAUCUCCCACCUUGUUCACGCCUACUGCCCUGGUCUGGACCGCUGGCUGUGCCUGGGAACUCUGCCAAGGCCUCGGGCUGAGAUGCCUGCCUGUGUCUUGACUUUGCCCAGUGUGCAGCACAUAGCAUUGGUUCCUACUCAGCACCAAAACAAACCUGCUGGGUGACUGAGGAGCAGCAGGAUGUGAGGGAGGAAGGGAUAAGAACUACAUGCCAAAAGAGCAGAAAUUAUGAGAGGAUAAGAAGGUCUUACUUGCCUGUUUACUUUUUUAAAG